AUGACAACAAUCCGAAAAUCUCAGCAUUUCCACUUCACUUCGCUGGGUCGAAUCAACCCCACGGACAAGGAUUCAACAGCCAGCUGGAGCUCCCCUCUCCGCCAGCCGCUCAUUGCUGCGGGACUGGCAGCGGCAUUGCUGGCCUCCGCCCCCCGUUCUCUUGCGGAAGCAGCUGUUGCUGCCGCUGAUGGCGCAGCGGCGGAUUCCGCUGCAUCAGCAGCGGCGCAGGCAUGCGGGGAGCUGCUGGGAGGGGCGGACUUCAACACUGUUGUGGCCGUGGUGUGCGCGCUCGAGUUCAUUGCGCUCACUGGCGCUGCUGUGGGAGAGCUGCUCCGCAUGCUGAAAGAGGGCAAGAAGCACCUGCGGGAUGGGCACCCAGGUUCGGCAUUUGUGGAGUUCCAUGUGGCUCUGAGCAAGGCAAAGGAGCUGGGAGAUGCGUUUGAAGAGAAGAAAGCUGCCAGAGGACUGGGAGCCGCUUGUCAAAGGCAAGGGAAGUACAGGGAAGCCAUUGGAUAUCAUCAGCUGGUGCUGGAGAAGUCAUUGGCAACAGGAGAGCAUUCCGGUGACACAGAGGCAUACGCGGGUGGUUCCUCCGAGAUAGAGCCAGUGGCGAACAUUUACGACGACAACGCGUCGAACGCGUCGUUCGCGAACGACUUGCGGCGCUUCUCGUAUCGCGAGCUGCAGGCGGCGACGGGGCGGUUCCGGCGCGGCAACCUGCUGGGCGAGGGCAGCUUCGGCAAGGUGUACCGCGGCUCCGUGCCGGACUGGCUGGGCGAGCUGCCACGUGGACAGAAGCGCAAAGUGGCCGUUAAAGUGCUCGACUCUGAUGGCUUCCAGGGCUUCGGCGAGUGGAUGUCGGAGGUGCUACUGCUGGGGCGGCUGAGCCACCCCAACCUGGUGCGCCUGCUGGGCUACAGCACGGACAGGGAGGAGGCCAUCCUCGUUUAUGAGCUCCUCGAUAACGGCAGCCUCGACGCCUGGCUCUUCCCAGACGACUCCAGCAGCAAGCGUGUGCGGCGGGCGCUGACAUGGGAGGAGCGUGUGCGGAUCGCACUGGAUGCGACGAUGGGGCUGGCGCACCUGCACGCGGAGAACAUCAUUCACCGCGACUUCAAGUCCUGCAACAUCCUCCUCGACCACAGCAUGCGGGCGAAGCUGACGGACUUUGGCAUGGCGACGGUGGGGCCGGAGGCGGGGCAGACGCACAUAUCCACGCGCGUGCUGGGCACCAUGGGGUACCUCGACCCCAAGUACCUCGAGACAGGCCACCUGACCCCCAAGAGUGACAUCUACGCGCUGGGGGUCGUGUACCUCGAGCUGCUCACCGGCCGCCCGCCCUCAAGCGACGAAGACCAGGACGCCAACGGGGAGGGCGGCUUGACAGCCUGGAUUCGGCCACACAUCUCAGUGCGCCGCCCAGAUCUAGACAUCAUAUUGGACCCGCGGUUGAAGGACCAGUUCUCCCGCGUGGCGGCACAGAAGCUGCUAGUGCUGGCCAAGCACUGCAUCAGUGAGGACCCGGUGGCGCGGCCGCAGAUCCAGGAUUUGGUGAAGUCGAUGCAACACAUCGUUGCCAUCGGGCACUCUCGAUCGGACUCCAGUGGGUCGACCAUGUCAGGGCACAGCAGAUCAGCCUCCCUUGUCUCCGCCACAUCGGGGGGCCACAGCCGAUCCGCCUCUGCCUCUUCAGCUUCCGCCAAUGAGGCCACGGUGAACAGCAUUGCGGACAGGAACGGUGGUAUGGAUGCUAGGCGGAGUGGCAGCGACGGGCGGAACUCCUGGCGAUCGUUGUCAUGCAGAGAUGCCGGGGGAGGAAGUGACAGAGGCGCAGAGAAUGGGAUUGAUGACGGAUCGUAUGUUAAUGCUGGCAAGGCUGUGUUCCAAGAAGCAGCGCCAAGUUCACCACCCUGCGAAUUGCUUCCGCUGGGCGGGAAAUAUCAGCGCCAGGCCUCGCGCGUUCGCAACCCAUCCCGCCUUCGCCGUGCAGCAUUUGCUGACCGCCCCCUGCGCUCAGGCAUUGUGCGGGCCGCCGCAUUACAGCCCUGCUACCGCCGCUGCUCGCGGCACUCCGACGCUGCCGUCCGCGGCUCCGCCAUGUCCCGCGCAGAUCCCGUUGCGCGCCAAGCGCCGAUCGCCGACGCGAGGGAUGACGCGGAUCCGGCGGCGGGCGGAGCGGAGUUGGGGCAGGCGGGGGGUGACAGGGGCGGGGAAUGGGGGGCGGUGGGGCUGGGGCUGGUGGAGGUGCAUCUCGCUGCCAACGAGAGCCCCGCUUCGCGCGAAAAGCGCAUUCGCGCGCUUUUUCAUACGUUCGACACCGAGAAUAGAGGCGCGCUGACGCGGAGGCAGAUAGAGAGGGGGUUGGCGCGCAUGGGCGUGCCGGUGGACUAUAAGUUCUCCAAAGACCUCCUCGCCGCCAUCGACCAGAACGGCGACGGCGUGUGUGACUAUAACGAGUUCCACCGGUACAUGGACAGCAAGGAGGUGCAGCUAUACCGCCUCUUCCAGCAGCUCGACACCGACUUCGAUGGCGCCAUCUCCCUGCAUGAACUCAGCACCGCGCUGCUCCACGCCGGCAUGCACCUCGCGGCGGGCGAGCUAAAGGCGUUCAUGGAGCGCAUGGACCGCAACCACGAUGCCCCAUACGUGUCUCUUGCCCUCUCCUCAUGCCCUUGCCUCUCCCCUUCCUCCUGUCACACGGCAGGCAUACACCUGGCGGCUGGCGAGUUACAGGCGUUCAUGGAGCGCAUGGACCGCAACCACGAUGGCGUGCUGUCGUUCAACGAGUGGCGCGACUUCCUGCUGCUCUUCCCCCACCGCGCCACCUCCAUCGCCACCGCCUACCAGUACUGGGAGCGAGUGCAGCAGGUGGACAUAGGCGAGCAGCCCGUCAUCCCAUCGGGCCUCUCCGCAUCGCUCUCCACCGCUCCCGACGCCUCUGCCCUGGCGUGGCGCUACUUCCUGGCGGGCGGAGUGGCUGGUGCUGUAUCUCGCACCGCCACAGCGCCCCUGGACCGCCUUAAGGUGCUGCUGCAGUGCGCCAAGACCAGUACCGCUGCUGCUGGUGCUGGCCACGCCACCCCAAGGGCUGUUGGCGCCAGUGGUGCCGCAGGGAGGGCCAUGCGCGCAGCAGCAGGGGGGGCCGCACAGACAGGUGCGUGUGGUGGAGGUGGCAUCCGAGGGGGGGUGGCAGCAGCAUCAGCAGCAACGGAGGGAUCAGCAAGAGCAGGGGCAGGAGGAAGGCUGUCCAGUGCUGCUGUUCCUGAUGCUGCCACCACUGCCGCACGCUCUUCAGCUGCCAUGCCACGCCAACCAUCCGUCUCACCACCACCACAACCACCACUACAAUCAGCAUCAGCAGCUGCAUCAGCAGCUCAAUCGCCCGGCACAGUCACCGGGCGGCAGCAGGGGGCAGGCGGGCGGCUGACGCUGUGGAGGGCGGUGCAGCAGGUGUACGGGGAGGGGGGCGUGGGGUCGUUCUUCAAGGGCAACGGCAUCAACGUCGUCAAGGUGGCGCCCGAGUCAGCCAUCAAGUUCUACGCCUACGAGCUCCUCAAACGCGCCAUCUCCCCCCCUGCUGCUGCUGGGAGCGGGGGCACUGAGCAGCAGUCAGGAGAAACAGCGGUGACGCGGCUGGUGGCGGGGGGCAUGGCGGGCGCCGUGGCACAGACGGCCGUGUACCCCCUCGACCUCGUCAAGACGCGCCUGCAGACCUACCACCUCACAUACCACCGCAACCCGCCGCCCCUCGCUGCCCUCACGGCGGAGAUCCUGCAGAGGGAGGGGCCGGGCGCCAUGUUCCGGGGGCUGCUGCCGUCCAUCCUGGGCAUGAUCCCAUUCGCUGGCAUCGACCUGGCGGCGUAUGAGACGCUGCGAGACGCCUUCACCCCGUGGAUUGAACGCCGCCCAGAGGCGGCGCCAGUGCUGCAGCUGGCGUGUGGCACGGUGUCAGCCACGGUGGCCGCCACACUCGUAUUCCCCCUGCAGGUCAUCCGCACAAGGCUGCAAGCACACGUCAGCGCACCGCACGCACCAAGCAGCGCAGUAGGUUUUGCAGCUGGAGCAGCAGCGCCAGCAGCAUCGUUGUCAGGCAUGGGUGUGGCAGGCAGAGGGCCAACGAUGGGGGAGGUGACGCGGGAGCUGUGGCAGGAGGGGGGCGUGCAUGCCUUCUUCCGAGGCGUGGUGCCCAACCUGCUCAAGGUCGUGCCCGCUGCCAGCAUCACUUAUGUUACAUACGAGCACAUGAAGAAAGUGCUCGGUCUCAAAUAG